AUGCCCAAUCCGUUCCAGUCGUUUUCGUCUGUGCGCCCAAAACAACACAAACAGACGUUCGACGAGCUCUACGGCGAGCCGGAGAACUUCCUGGAGCUCGAGGUGGUCAACCCGGUCACCCACGGCAACAAGACGACCAAUAUGUACACCGACUACGAGAUCGUGUGCCGUACCAACAUCCCCGCGUUCAAGAAAAAGUACUCGCGGGUGCGCAGGCGGUUCAGCGAGUUCGACGCGUUCCGCAAGAUCCUCCAGCAGGAAACCACCCGCGUGGUUAUCCCGAAACUGCCGGACAAGUCGCUUCUCAAUUACAACAACCGGUUCAACGACGACUUCAUAGAGGAGCGCAGACAGGGCCUGGAGCGGUUCCUGAACAUCGUGGCGGGCCAUCCGCUGCUGCAGACUGGCAGUCCGACGCUCAUCAGAUUUAUCCAGGACGAGAAGUGGAGAUAG